UACGGGGUAUAUGAGCGCAAGUUAAUCUUCCAGUUCGGCAAUUCGUACUUUCUAGUACGUUUUCUUAUUUUGUUUUUUCCUUUUCACUUUUACACUUCACCUCUCUGCUCUCUCUAUCUCUGUAGUCCAGCGCGUAUUCUGAACUCUCCAUUGAAGUAGCUUUGAGCUUUCUCUCUUCCAUUGAAGCAGCUUCUGAGGAGGAAAAUAUGGCAAUGCUUGCACUUACUGAUGACGUGAUCUUGCAUCUUAGUAUUGUAAACAAGCUGAAGCUAGAAGGAUCGAUGACCGAUAAUGCAUUGAUUAUCACUAUGGCUUCAACUCAAAGUACACUGCCUUUGGACCCAUCAUCCAUGGAUACUGUUAUUGGUGUCUCCAAAGUACACGAUUUUCCUGCUGCUUCACUGCUUGCUGAAAUAUUUAGAAUUUUGAAGCCAGAUGGAAAUGUUAUCAUUCAUCUGACUGGACUUGCUGUUGAUUUACCUUCAGACAAUAUUCUUUCUUCUCUGGAGCGGAAGAUACUUGUAGCAGGAUUUUUGGAACCAGAAGCUAGCCUGCAGCAACCAGACACUUUUACGGGAGUUCAAUCUAUGCAAGUUAAAGCGAGGAAGCCAUCUUGGAACAUUGGAUCUUCUUUUUCCCUCAAAGCCUCUAAAGGUUUGCCAAAGGUUCAAAUCAAUGAUGAUAUGGAUUUGAUUGAUGAGGAUUCUUUAUUAACCGAGGAAGAUCUGAAGAAACCACAACUGCCUCCUGUUGGGGACUGUGAAGUUGGAAGCACUAGGAAAGCUUGCAAGAACUGUACAUGUGGAAGGGCUGAGGAGGAGCAAAAAGUUGAAAAAUUGGGGUUGACAAUGGAACAACUGGAUAAUCCUCAGUCUGCAUGUGGCAGCUGUGGACUAGGAGAUGCUUUUAGGUGCAGCACAUGCCCAUACAAAGGUCUUCCUGCAUUUAAACUCGGGGAAAAGGUUUCUUUGUCAAAUAAUUUCCUUGAUGCAGAUAUAUAGACAUCAGCAGAAUUCAGUUCAGUUGCAUUUUUGUUGAAAACAUGCAUGUUUUUAGGGUCAGAAUAUCGUAGAUCCUUCACUGUUUAGAAUGUAAGUACUUUCAUUUUGAUUCUUCUAGAUAGUGACUGCUAUUUUAUUUGCGAACUUGUUGGGCUAAAAAGAAAUACUGGCAUGGUCUGAUGAGUGGCUAUUUUCUGUUUUGAUUUGAAGUCAUCUAUGCCUUCAUUGGCCUUCUAGUCUUUACGAAUCCGUUGUAAAUCAUUGUUUAUGGUGAUCAUCAAGUAAUGAAGAAUGGUGAUACUUGUACUCCGUAAUAGAUAACUACAUAGCAUGAGUGUCAGUUAACACAAUCAUUUUUAUCAAAUAUAAUUUGAUCAUGUCCUUUUGGCCCA